AUCUCAAAACCUCGCCGUUACUAAGACAGAAGUCUCCUUUGAGAGGCACGGUUUAGCUUUCACAAUUACACUCUCUGGCUGGCAAACAGAGAGUAUCUGAAUCUGCCAGUACGGAAAGGAAAGGUGCGGCUCCUGCACUACACUCGACCUGCAAUGGCUGAAUCAGAUAAGGUGAUCUCCUAUACUGACCUGCAGGCUCUGCUUCAGAACGGCACCCCGGACCUCACUGUGAUUGACGUGCGCACUCCAGAAGAAGUGGCGAAGGGGAAGAUCCCGGGAUCGAUCAACAUUCCAGUGGACACUGUGCAGAGCGCUCUGUCCUUGGACCCCGCCUCGUUCAGUGCUAAGUACGGAGUGGAGAAGCCCGCUAAGGAUGCGCCACACCUUGUCUUCCACUGUCAGAUGGGUCGCCGUGGACACAUUGCCACAGAAACUGCCCUGUCGCUAGGAUACAGCAGAGCUUGUAACUACGCCAGCGGGUUUAAAGAAUGGGCAGAAAAAGCAUCAAAAUGAAGAAC